AUGCUGCAGGGCGUUUCCAGGAGCGUAUCCAACAUACCCAAAAAAUACCUACCGUUCCCAUCCGAGUUCCAAUUCACCUUGCCGUGUAAAUCUGUUGACUCUUUGAUCGAAGUGAUAGAUACCGAGAUCAAUUCAUUCCGGAUUCCCUGGAAAUGGGAUAAUCAACGGUCAAGUGGAUUAGGCUUCACGAUGGAAAAUGCUUGGUCUCGGCAGGCAAGAAGGAAAAGACAGCAGCAGGAAGCUGCUCAGGAUGGAUCUGACCAGGCAGAUAUUCCGUUCGAUACCGAGAAUGCUGUAUUUGGAUUUAUCAUCCAAGUGAGGCGUCCGGGCCCCAAGAAUGCCGAUGUUACCGUGCGAUGGGUAAAGGGGGCUGAUUCUGUCAUUUUUGAGAGUUUCUGCGGUAUGUUGAGGAGGAAGGUAGAGGGAAGGUAG